ACAGAAAAAGGAAAAACAAUUAAGUUAACCCAAAGUAAGUAAACCAUGGUUGGAGUAGUCAGAGUUGAUUGAUCUUUUCACCCUUUCACCUUUUUCCAAGGUUUUGAAACUUAUCUUCCCUAAGAAGCUUCAGGUUCCCAAACAAAGACCAAGCUUAGUGCAACUCCGUCUCCUCUGCUGAAGUUCCUCCGACGACCAAGGUAGUUUUUUAUUUGUCUCACUCUUUCCCGUUGUCCUCUCUUCCUCCUCUGUCUUUGCGGUUUUUUAUCUUUCUGCUUUUUCUUUGUCGUCGGUUUUCGUUACCACCGUUUUAAUUGUUUUGGUUUUUCUUUUGUUUCCAUGCUUUGGUGUUUGUUGUUGUUGGGCUGAAAAUGACGAAGCUUUGUUGUUGUCGAGUAGAUCGUCGCUAUCAUUUUCUGACCACCGUGACAAGGUUAGUGGUUUUCUUUGCUUCAUUGUGGGAACAGUAAAUUGUGAGUGUUGAUGUUAGGGAUUUUAGGGAUUUUGUGUUGCAUGUUGAUCUUGUCGGGGUGGUGUACGAUUAUUGGGGUGCAAGGGUUUGAUAUUUUCUUUGUUUUUCUGGGGUUAAUGCAAUCUUUGUUGAUCUGGUGUAAAUGGCGGCCUAGUUAAUUUUUUUUUUCCAUUGUUUGGGGUAAAUGGUUUUUGCUGAGUAAUGUCUCUGCGUUUUGUUCAGUUCUUGUUGUUCUUGUUCUUGUUGAUAGUAAUGAACUUUGUGCCCUUGUGGGUUGGUUGAUUUUUUUUGAUAUAUAAGUUGUUUGUUAACUCAAUUUUUUGUUAUUCUUUAGGUGAUUAAAUCUCCCUCAAUUUUUAUUGUGAAGCAAUGGAUCCCAGUGGUAGUAUCUCUAGUUUCUAUGGUAGUAGAAGUCCCCAAAUGUUUUCAAUCCCUAUAAUAUUGAGAAAUUUUCACAUGAAAUUGCCAAAAGAUUUUUAUGAAAAGAAGAAAAAUGAAAUUAAGUCUGAGGUGCUGCUCACUGACCCGAAGGGAAACUGUGUAAAGUUGGAAGUUUUGACUGACUUGCUUGGAGGCUUUCUUGAUUAUGUUGUUCCUAUCUUGGUUUCAUUUUAUGGUUUUAAAAAAAACCAUGAUUUGGUUUUUCAAUAUGAAGGGGGAAAGAGGUUUAAAGUUGAAAUUUAUGACGAAAAUAAGAACCAUUUCCCCUAUCCAAAUGGUGGUGAAAAAGGGAAGAACAAAGCACCAACCAAUGGUGGUGAAAAAGGGAAGUACAAAGCAACAACCCAUUUCCCUUGUGUAAAACCUGGUCAAAAAGGGAUGAAAGAGAAGAACAAAACACCAUCCCAUCUCCCUUGUCCAAGACCUGCUAAAAAAGGGCAUGAUGAACCACCAACCCCAGAGGUAUUAUAUUUGAGUUCUGACACUGAGGAAGAGUUUGAGGUUGUGGUUGAUGAAGAUGUUGUGGCUGAGGAAGAGGUUGUGGCAGAUGGCCCUCAAGUUGCUGCAGUUGGCCAGGUUCAGAAUGCAAGGUACACCUUUGAGAAGAUUGUCACUAGUUCUGUUGCUGGUGGUGGUCAUACUUUGCCUUUGCCACGGUUAUAUGUUCGUGACUUCCUUGAACAUAGCUGGGAAAAAGUAUUAUUGAAAAAGGAAGGGGAUCAAGAAUGGUAUAUUUGCAAGCUCUGUUGGAGGAAGAGGAAUGGAAAACUUACUGAUUGCCAUCUUGGCGAAGAGUUUUACAAGUUUGUGAGUGACAACCAAUUAGCUGAAAAUGACAAGCUCGUUUUCAGUCAUAGUGGUUCGAAUAACGUUCUACAUGUUAGGAUUCAGCGCCAUUGAUGGCAAUUAGGUUUCGAUUGUUAGACUUGUUGCCAUGACUUGAUGUUGAGAACACAUUUAUGUUUCCUUUUGUGGUGGUUACUCUUGGUUGUGCUUAUUUGUGUUCUUAUUUGUUUUUAAUAACUAUGGUUGUGCUUUGUUUAGCGUUCGUUAAUUUUAAUGAUGUUAUUAUUCUUUUUUGUUUAUAAUUGUAGUUCAAAAAAUGGCCUCCCAAUCAUUUUCUUCCCAGAAUGAUGGAAGGCGUUGCAAGUGAGGUCUUUAUCCGACUCUUAAAAUCGCGUGGACUAGGAUCAAUUAUGGGCGCACAUUUUAUCAAUGCCCUCAUGGGGGUUGCAACUAUUUUGAUUGGGCUGAAGGUCCUACCCAGCCUGUUGAUGAAGCACCUCAAGUGAACCAUUCCAGUGUGACUAAUUCACAAAGGAACAGUGAUACUGCUGCUGCUGCUGGGACUUCUGCUGCUGGGACUGAGGAUGCUACAUUGAAACUUUUGCUGGCUGAAGGAAGGAGGAGGGAGCAAGCUUAUGUCAAUAUUAUUAUGGGCACGUGGGUGUUUGUUAUCGUUUGUUUUCUGGUUUUGCUUGUUGCUACUGCUUUUGCAAGCAAAAUGGGUUAAAUAGUAGUUUAUUUUGUAUUAGGUAUUAAAUACUUGAACCUUAGGUUGUGUGUAAUGAUCUACAUUGGUACUCUAUAUUUUAUGCUAUGUUA